CGCGGUUCGAUCCGACCAGUUUGCCACCGGAUCAGGUUUCGGUUGACGUUGAGAUUGGAUCCUCCGUAAUGCUCGCAUACGGUGCUAUUCUGAGGAAUUUUAUUCAUCUGAAGGAGAACAUCUUUGGCGAGGAUCAAUCCUUUACGGACAUGGAAAACUCAAAUUCAAAAUCCAGUACGGCCGGUCGCAGCGGAACCACUGCCAAAUCGACAAGCUCCAAGGACGAUCCGAACAAAUCGGUUUCGGAGACGAGCUGUAACGCUGACGAGAAACCGAAACGGUUUGAUCCUCGGCUUUACCGGCCGCUGGAGGUAAUAGUGAAUGUUACAAUACAUGAUCUGCAGGCGCACGUGAUUAAAAAUUGCAACGAGAACGAUCCCCCAUGUCCGGUGGUUCUGAUCGAGAGACUAGGGUUUGAGAUGAAGAAACGGUUCCACGAAACGGAGCUCCAGGUUCUAGUGAGUCCAUCGUUCCUGAUUUCAUCGGACAAUUCGAUAAGGCCAUCGAAGGAUAAGCAUCUGAAGCAAGGACACUUACUGCUGUCCGCUGUGCAGGUUCGAGGGCAUGCCAUGUUCAGCAACGAAGGUCGUCAGCUAGAUGAGGAAACUUUGGAAUAUGCUUGGCUACUGGAGGUCCAACUUGGGAAGCUAUCUGGUAAAAUGACCUUGCCUCAGUUGUGCAAUGUGGUAACGGGUUUGGAGACCUUGGCCUUCCUCACCAUGGAUUCGGAAAACGAACUCAAAUCGCCGAAAACAAUUCGAUAUUGCCAUCAUGGGAUCCCUACCAACGUGUGCCCUCAUACCAAGGAAGAUGCCAAAUAUCGCUGCCCUUCGACCGAGGAUAUCAAGUAUCGAAUGACCCGAGUGGCCAUCGACGCGGUAGAUUUCUAUCUCAUCGAAAACGGCACAGCAAUGCACACAUGGAUCUCCCCCAUCCGGAUUGCCACCUGCAACCUCCACGGCCAACAGGUAAAAUCUGGCGUCACGGGAUUAAUUCCGACCAUUCUCCUGCGACAGUUUGUUUCAACCGGGGGGCACUUCAGUCAUAGCAACGGAAACUCCCACAGUAACACCAAUACAACCGGGAGCAACCGAUCGGCCAAGAUCCGUCACCAAAACUCCCUAAAGCACGAAUCAGACCCGAAGGAUGACACGAACCCGCUCUACAAACGGGCCGACGACCCGCCCAGCACCAAACCGAAACCAAAGAUGUCCGAAUCACACCAGCAACAGCAAAUGCCAUCGUACCACGGCCACCGGCGCGAUUCCAAAGAGGACCAGUAUGGGUCGCUGCCGAACCGGAGGAGCCACGAGUCGGACCACUUCCGGCGCGAGAAGGAGGAAAUUUACGCCUCGAUCCACUCGACCAACCGGAACAGCCAGAAGGACAUGGACUCGACGGAACCGUGGCUCGAGGUGGGCUGCCUGUCGCUGGGACCGAUCAUUAUCGAAGCGGCCUCAGCGCUACCCAUUCCGGAGCACUGCCUGCAUUUGGUGCAGCACAAUUACUUGAAACUACACGACGAGCGAAACAAAAAACUGUGGUUCCUGUGGGCCAACACCAGCGAUCCGAUACGUUGUGGUUGUGUCGGCGGGUGCGCCUUCUUUGGAUCUAAUCGGAACGGAGCGCGAUUUUUCAAACCGUCUGCUCAAGAUCUCCAAGACUUCAUCAACAUUGCUCGCUAUCACAUUCACCCGAACCCCCGUGAGUAUGGCUUCGGUCAAAGUUUGCUCCACGAGGAUCAGCUGGUGUUUCACACGCCGCCCUACAGUAUGCAACCGGUGUCGCUGCAGGAGUGCUACGACUACGUUGGAAAGCCGAAUCUACGGACAACGCGCCACUGCCCGACGGAUUCCAAAUCUCCGCUGCCGCCGAAGCACGAAGCCUUCAUGGCGCCGAAGCAGUGUGAUGUGUCACCCAAUAGCACGAUGAUUCGAAGCGGCGGCAGUGGUGACAAGUCCGGAAAAUCCUCGUUGGAAAGGGUGAAGGAAAAGGAUUGCGGCGGGUCGCCACUUAGUGCCGAUCGAAGCAGGGGAAGACGUUUCUCGUACACCAGUGGAAGACAAAACACCAUAUCCCAUGACGUUCCAUACUACCGUUUGCUCGAGUCCAGUCCGAAAACGAACAAUCCCAAAAUAUGUACCUCCAUGCGACAGGAUUCGGAGUCCCGUCUGCUCACGCCAAAGGCCAUCAAAGUGCAGGCGCCGAAAACAAGCGCUUCCGAUUCGCGUCUCACAAUGGAGUACUUCCAGGGAGACGACGCGGUCAGUGUUUCAGAGGAACCCACGGAACUGUCUCACUCGGCACCUCAGCCGCACCCACUGGAGUCGGACUCAGAGCAUUCGUUGAGCCCCAAAGUGCCACCGGAGGAAGUCAUCAUACGAGAUGUCCAACGGACGGUAUCGCUUACAUCGGAAAAUCCUUCCGAGGCGUUCUUUUCCGCCGAUGAAGACCUGCACGCUUCACGCAGUUCCAGCCUGAAGGCUACCGACCUUUCGACGGUUAUUCCAAAGAAGCGAUUCGCUUCCGAUCUCAGUAUCGUGGGGCCUAACGAAAUGGAAGGGAAACUGUCGACACAUCGUAGUGACUACGAGAUUCACACUCCCGAGCAUCGCAGCCUUCCGAUGAGGCCUCAAUCAACGGCAGAACUGAACGACGAGGAACGUCGGAUUCACGGGCUCGCUACACCUCUGCGCAAGUUCAGUAAUAUCUCCCCAAGGCCCGAGUUCCGGCAUUUCAAACCGGUUUACGACGUGAGUAGCAUUACUAGUCAGUUUCUGUGUGUAGUGGCGCUUGUGUUCCAUAAACUCUUUAUUGUUGCUCUCCAUUAUCGACAUUGUUUCCGUUUCGUUUGAUUCAGUUUCAAGUUACACAUUCUGUUUAUAUAACCCAUGUUGUGUACAAAAAGUUUUCGCUUUGAGUUCUAACAAAAAUGACCGAAGUCAGUCGUCUAGUGAGCAAAAUCUCUCGUAUUGGGCAUAACCUUUCUACUUAGCUAAGGUUCGUAUAAACCGUUCGCGUGCGUAUCAUAUCUAUGCAUCGCUUAUGUCG